AUCAGUCGGUCAGUCCUAUUAAAGAGCGGGGAACUGAAGAGGUUGGGGGUUUAGGCGUUGUUUGCUGCAUUGCGCGAGAGAGAAACAAGAACAAGGUGGGGAUUGAAAUGAAGGGAGGGAGGAAGAAGAGCGAUGCUGCUGCAAAUGAUGAGCAGAUUCAGCUCGCUCUACAAAACAAGACGGAGACGGGAAUGGGAAUGAGAAUGGGAGGGGAGCACCAAACCCUUGUGACUGUCCCUCACUCUAACUCUCCCAACCUUGAUGACGGCUUCUACGAAAUUGAGGCCAUUCGCCGUAAAAGAAUGCGCAAGGGUCAACUCCAGUACCUUAUCAAAUGGCGGGGAUGGCCCGAGACUGCCAACACAUGGGAGCCUCUUGACAAUCUCCAGUCAGUUCCGGAGGUCAUCGAUGCUUUUGAGGACUGCCUGAGAUCUGGAAAACAGCGGAGGCGCAAACGCAAGCACGUUGAUCACCACACACAGCCCAAGAAGAGGCACCACCGCUCCGCCACUUCUUACACCCUUAGACGCUUCCCUACUCCCGCAGCUGACCACCAUUUGCAACCGGAACCUGAACCUCUUGCAGUUGCAGGCCCUCUUCCUCCCGAUCUUCCAGCCAAUCCUCAGACGGUUGUCUUUGCUGACGAAUUGGAAACUAACACUGAUGACAGCAGGGCGCAACCACCCAAUCAAAAUGGGUUUGCGGAUGCUUCCGGCCAAAUUAUUCUGAGGAGUCAGGAAAAUGAUUACGAUCCAAAGCUCAGUGAACUUCGAGCAACAGCAAACAAUGGGGUUGAUGCAGAUAAUCUUGCACCUCAUGUUCAACUAGCAAAUGCCUCCGCAGGAAAUGGUCAUCCAGCUGGUGAUUUGAAGGUGAAUUCCAUGGACCCCCUCAAAGUGACCGCUGCAGAGGUCAAUGUAGGGAAUAUUGUCAAGAUUAUAAAGCCAAUAGGCUAUUCAGCUUCAUUGUCUGGCAACACACAGGAUAUCUUGGUGACCUUUAUUGCUGUGAGGUGCGACGGAGCAGAAGUUUUGGUGGAUAACAAAUAUCUAAAGGAACACAAUCCACUCCUGCUGAUCAAUUACUAUGAGCAGCAUCUCCGGUACAUUCCAUGAUUGAACAUGUUUAAGGGACUUGUGCAGUUAGAUAUUCCAGUCUUUGCUGUUCAGUGGUAUAGAAAGAGAUGUAUUUAUAGAGGCACUAGCUAGUUAAAGGCCGGUUACUGUAUAACAACAGUUAGACCAAUUGCUAACGUGCUUGUAUGACAAGUGUGUUAACAUGAGCAUGACUAGGAAAUCGUAGUUUUCUCUUUAGAAACCUGUUCCUACACCCUGUUAUAACUUAUAACCGCUUUGCACAUAUUGGGUUUUUAGCAAUUUAAAUUUAAUUUGGUGUGUGGAUGGACUGAAAUUUGUCAAAGUUGAUCACCUUUUUUUCCUGUUCUUAA